AUGAGCGAGUUAAACCUCCAGAUCCCUACUGUUCGCGUUCGGCGGUACCAACACCGUAAACACGAGAUCGGGGGAGUCAGCCGCGGACCCGGCCCGCUGAGCAGAUGUUCCUCGUGGCCCAAGCUUGUGUUCACUAUCUUCAUGCUAGCUGCUGAGAAGCAUCGUGGAAUGUUUAUUGCUCCUGUUGGCGGUUGGGAUCGGGUUGUCGCUGUUCAUUGCCGAGCUUAUGUCAGCCCGACCCUCGGGUCGCUGCUCGCGUCCGGCUUCUACAUCUUCAUCAAGCCGCUUGAGUGCGAGACCGUCGACCCGCAGCAGGACCAACCGACAGACGGAUCCGCCGAGCCGAAGCCCGCGCUCCAGCACUACGAGAACCACGUGCGCUCGUGGGACGACGGGUCCGCGGGGUCGGCGAGGGUUCGUACAUCGUAUAGGAGCGGGUCGGGUAUAGAGGCUGAGCACAGUCAAGAGUGCGCGUAG